CGGGUUACCUCACACCCGGAAGCCACUCACUGGAACGGACGCGAUCCCGAGCCUGGAUUGACUUCUAAAGAAUCCAGUUAUACAAGAAGAAGCCCAGAAGAAGAUUCAGAAAUGGCUGUGCCUCAGAGCCCUUUGACAUUCAAGGAUGUGGCUAUAGAAUUCUCUGAGGAGGAGUGGAUGUGCCUGGACCCUGCUCAGAGGACUUUAUACAGGGACGUGAUGUUGGAGAACUACAGGAACCUGGUCUCCCUGGGUAUCUCUUCUAUAUGUGUGAUAAAUGAAUUGCCAAUUAUAGAGAGCAGUGGGAUAGAAGAAAUAUUCCCCAGAAUAAUGUUGGAAAGGAAAGAAAACCAUGACAUUGAAGACCUUUGCUUUAGGGAAAUUCAGAAGAAUUUACAUAACUUUGGGUGUCAGUGGAGAGAUGAUGAAAGACAUUGCAGUGGAGUCCGUAUGACCCCUCAGGGAAAUCUCACUGGUAGGAGAGAUCAGCAUGAUAGGAAGGAUUCAGGAAACAAGAUUGUUAAUAAUAAGCUGGGAUUGAACACCCAGUCACAUCUACCAGAACUGCAGCUAUUUAAAAUUGAGGAGAAAAUUUAUGAAUGUAAUCCCAUGAAUCCGUCUAUCCACAGUGAUUUCUUAGUUUCCCCACCCCACAGAAUUCCUUCUACUAUGAAACCCCACUUUUCUUAUGAACAUGAGUAUGAUCUUAUGGAUUCAUUAUUCCCACAAAGUGAGAAACCACCCAUAGUGACAGAACAUUACAGAUGUACUGAGUGGGACAAAGCCUUUCAUCAAGGGACACAUAUCACCAUUCAUCAAAUAAUGCAUGAGGAAGAGAAUCGAUUUAAAUCUGACAUAUGUGCUAAGGUUUUUAAUAAAAAAUCAAGCCUUAGAAGUCAUCAGAGAGUCGAUGCUGUAAAGAAAACUCACAAGUGUAAUGAAUGUGGUAAAGUCUUCAAUUACAUUUCACACCUUGCCCGGCAUCAGAGAAUCCACACUGGAGAGAAACCUUACAAAUGUAAUGAAUGUGGAAAGGUAUACCGUGAAAGUUCAGCCCUUGUACAGCAUCAGAGAAUUCACACAGGAGAGAAACCUUACAAAUGUAAUGAAUGUGGAAAGGUAUUCCGUGUAAGUUCAAUCCUUGCACAGCAUCGGAGAAUUCAUACAGGAGAGAAACCUUACAAAUGUAAUGAAUGUGGAAAGGUAUUCCGUACAAGUUCAAUCCUUAGACAACAUUGGAAGAUUCACUCUAAAGAGAGACCUUACAAAUGUAAUGAAUGUGGAAAGGUAUUUAAUCGUAUUUCAUACCUUGCACAACAUAAGAGAAUUCACACUGGAGAAAAACCUUACAAAUGUAACAAAUGUGGCAAAAUGUUCACUCAGAAAUCAUCCCUACAAAUGCACUGGAGGAUUCAUACUGGGGAGAAACCUUACAAAUGUAAGGAAUGUGGAAAGGUGUUUAAUCAUAAUUCACAUCUUGCAAAACAUCAAAGAAUUCACACUGGAGAAAAACCUUACAGAUGUAAUGAAUGUGGCAAAAUAUUCGAUGGCAAGUCAUCCCUAGGACAGCACAAGAGGAUUCAUGCUGAGAGAAACCUUACAAAUGUAAUGAAUGUGACAAAGUCUUCAGUCAUAAUUCACACCUUACAUAACAUCUAAUAAUUCAUACUGGUGAGAAACUUUAUAAAUGUAAUAAAUAUGGGGAAGUGUUCAGUCAGAAUUCACACCUUGCAAAUCAUUAGAGAAUUCAUCCUGGAGAGAAACUUUGUAGGUAUGAUGAAUAUGGCAGUCUUUAGUCAAAUUGGUGUCUUGUUUAUUAUUGGAGAUUUCUUUUUGUGGGGGGGGUUAAUCUUUUUUUUUAUUAAAUUAUUUCUGUGUACAUCGAUGCAUUAUGGGGUUCAGUGCACUGAUUUGAUAUA